AUGAAAGCCACCCUCGCCGCCAUCGCCCUCUCCGCCGUGAGCGCCCUCGCCGCCCCAACCACCCAGCCCAGUCCCACCAAGCGACAAGACGCCGGACACCCCUACACCAUCUCCUUCAUCUCCCUCCGCCAUCUAACCGAGAGCAACACGUACAACUUCCAGUUCACGGCAACAAACUACUUCGACAACGGAGACCCGCAUUUCUCGACAACCUGCCAGACGGCCUGGAACCCCUCUGUCCCCGCCGGCCCGGAGAACCCCCAGCCCUGUGCCUACGACGCUUUCUCCUUUUACUUCCCGUCUGGCAUCCAGACGCUCCAGAACUACGGGCUUACCCUCGUUGGUCCGAAUGGGACUGUCUCGGGGGAGAUUGUCUCGGGGCCGAAGUACCAGUGUGGGCCGUAUGAGGGGCAAAUCGGGGGGAUUGAUUAUGAGUGUAAGAGUACCAAUGGCGGGUGGUUUGUUUUCCCGUUGGUUUAG